AACAAGAUCGUGGACCGGUGCGAGCGGCUCCAGCUGCAGAGCGCUGCCAUCACCCAGCAUGUGGACAAGGUGCUGCCGGCCAAGGACCAGGCUGUCCUGAGUGCGGCCAACAUGGCGCGGGAGCUGGUGAUCCAGAGGCUGAUCUUCGUGGGGAAUGCGUGCGAGAAUGAAGAGCAGCGGCUGCUGGAGAAGGUGCACGUGGAGGAGGAGCGGGCGCACCAGAGCAUCCUGACCCAGCGGGUGCACUGGAGUGAGGCUCUGCAGAAACUGGCUGCCCUCCGAACCUACCUGGUGGACAUGAUCACCAACCUGGAUGACCAGGGCCUGGUGCAUGCAGAACAGGAGAUCUUCCAGAGGACAGAGGUGGCGGAGGGAAUCUUAGAGCCACAGGAGUCGCUGAAGUUAAACUUUAACCAGACGUGUGUUCAGAGUCCACUGCUGCAUCGACUGUGGGCCUCUGCUGUUCUCUGCUCUCUUGCAGGCUCACAGGAGAUUCACAUCGAUGAGAAAACUCUCAGCCCCCACCUCAGCCUGUCGGAAGACAAGAAAACCCUGACCUUCAGCCCCAAGAAAGCAAAGGUGGACUUGGGUGGCCCAGAGCGGUUUGACCACUGGCCCAACGCUUUGGCUACUGCAGGUUUCCACUCCGGAGUCUGUGCAUGGAGGAUCAGCGUGGACAAGAGCUAUGUCUACAAGCUGGGGGUUUGCUACAGCUCGCUGCCACGGAAGGGCUCUGCCAAUGAAGCCCGCCUGGGCUUCAACGCUGCCUCCUGGGUCUUCUCGCGCUACGACAGGGAGUUCAGGUUCCUGCACGCCGGGCGCCUGCAGGCCGUGGAGCUGCUCAAGGCUCCGUCAGAGAUCGGGGUGCUGCUUGACUUGGCAGGAGGGGAGGUGCUCUUUUAUGACCCUGAUUCCUGCACCAUCCUCUUCUCCCACAGGGAAACCUUCACAGAGCCCCUGUACCCUGUCUUCGCUGUGGCACACGAGAGCAUCUCGCUUGUCCAUUGA